UCGCGCUCUCGCUCGCCCCCCGCCCGCCGCCCGCGGACGCCAGGCAUGAAUGCUGAGACUUGCGUCUCUUACUGCGACUCGCCGGCUGCUGCCAUGGACGCCUACUACAGCCCGGUGGCGCAGAGCCGGGAGGGCUCCUCGCCUUUUAGGGCUUACCCCGGCGGCGAGAAGUUCGGCACAACUUUCCUGUCGGCCGCGGCGAAAGGACAGGGCUUUGGGGACGCCAAGACCCGGGCCCGCUACAGCGCGGGACAGCAGGACCUGGCGGCACCCCUGGAGAGCGGCGCCGGGGCCAGGGGCUCCUUCAACAAGUACCAGCCCCAGCCCCAGCCGCAGCCCCAGCCCCAGCAGCCGCCCCCCGCCCCGCAACCGCCGCCGACGCAGCCGCAGCCGCAGCCGCAGCCGUCUGCGCAGCCACCGCAUCUGUACUUGCAGCGAGGCGCCUGCAAGACGCCCCCGGACGGCAACCUCAAGCUCCAGGAAGGCAGCGGCGCUCACAACGCGGCCCUGCAGGUCCCCUGCUACGCCAAAGAGAGCUCCCUGGGUGAGCCGGAGUUACCGCCCGACUCUGACACCGUGGGAAUGGAGAGCAGCUACCUCAGUGUGAAGGAGGCUGGGGUGAAGGGGCCCCAAGACCGGGCCAGCGCUGACCUCCCUAGCCCACUGGAGAAGGCCGACUCAGAGAGCAACAAGGGCAAGAAGCGACGGAACCGCACCACCUUCACCAGUUACCAGCUGGAGGAGCUGGAGAAGGUCUUCCAGAAGACCCACUAUCCGGAUGUGUACGCACGGGAGCAGCUGGCCAUGAGGACGGACCUCACUGAGGCCCGUGUGCAGGUCUGGUUCCAGAACCGGAGGGCCAAGUGGAGGAAGAGGGAGCGUUUCGGGCAGAUGCAGCAGGUUCGAACCCACUUCUCCACUGCCUACGAGCUGCCGCUCCUCACCCGAGCUGAGAACUAUGCCCAGAUUCAGAACCCAUCCUGGAUUGGCAACAACGGGGCCGCCUCGCCGGUGCCAGCCUGCGUGGUCCCCUGCGACCCGGUGCCCGCCUGCAUGUCCCCUCACGCGCACCCGCCUGGCUCCGGCGCCAGCGGCGUCUCCGACUUCCUGAGCGUCUCCGGGGCGGGCAGCCACGUGGGCCAGACGCACAUGGGCAGCCUGUUCGGGGCGGCGGGGCUCAGCCCUGGCCUCAAUGGCUACGAGCUCAACGGCGAGCCGGACCGCAAGACCUCGAGCAUCGCGGCCCUCCGCAUGAAGGCCAAGGAGCACAGCGCCGCCAUCUCCUGGGCCACAUGACAGGCCCCGCCCCCUCCUCCGCGCCCUCCCCCACCUCGGGGCACUGGCCACGCCCAUGCUUUCCGGGCCCCCAGCCUCCCACUCGACUUUCCUCUUAGGAACCUGGCCUGGGCCAGGGGCCUGACCCUCAGCACUUUCAGCCACCCCUAGUCUGAGGCCCCAUGGACUGUGGGGAGGGAGGGGGCAGCAGGCCCCAGCCCCUCCCUGGCA